AUGAUGACACGUGGGUUCCGUAUUGCACUACAGGACCUGAUUACCCUUGCGCAGGUACUUCGGAGAGUACUUCUUGGGUCGAGAAACACCGAGCUCGACCGAACCGACAAUGUUCGGUGGCAAAGCGCAUUAGGCCGUGGCUGUCAAGUAGAGCGACUACAAAGGUACUUCCAGAUCGCAGAUGCGCGCCCCAAAAUCGGCGGUCCCUUCUUUGUUUUUAUGGUUGACGCUACUGUAGCGUUGUGUCCUAAUGUCGGCGCCGCUACAGUGAUGUCCCUUUCUGUGGAGACGUUUAACUCUGAUUAUAUUCUGGCCCUCCACACUUUCCUACCAAAAGGAAAAUAA